UAUGUUUUGCUUCCCAUGGUGCCUUCGUGUCUCUUUCACAGACCCGCUGUCAGUCUCCUCUCCUCUCCCGUCUCGUCUUUCCGCAAUUGGUCGUUUUAUGCUUGGUCGCAUGACGCGUUUCGGUUUCUUAAUGUUUAUAAGUAUAUGAGGGGACAGUGCCAAGAGAAUGGAUUCAGGCUCUUUUCGGUGUUUCUGAGCAAUAGGACGAGAAGCAAUGGGCAGAAACUGAUGCACAAGAAGUUCCACCUGAACGCUGUCUGUUUACCAGAAAUCGCUAACGCAGGUGGUCCUGUAAAUUACAAGGAAGAACUCGUGGAGGAAUGUGAGAGUAUUUGGAAGCAGAUGGAAGAGUGUCAGAGCAAACUAACGCUUCUAGGAACAGACACACUGCUACAAUCAGAUGCCAAGCUUUCCUUGUUAAUGCUGCGAUGGAAGACUUUAACAGUAGAUUAUCUUUGGUGGCAAUCGAGAAAUCCUGAAGUAAUUUCUACCAAUCCAGAUGUACUGUUAGAAUUAGGAAAAGAAGAGUUGCAGAAAAUAAAAAGUGAUCUUGAAAUGGUGCUGUUAACAGUUCAGUUAAAGAAUAAAAAGCUGGAAGAAGAUCUGGAAAGAGAACAGCAGUGGUGUGAGGAACAGGAACAGGUGCUAGAUACUCUUAAUAAAGCUGAAGAAGAGAAAAAUACCCAAGUUGAACAAUCUUCCACAGAAAGUUUGAAAGUCAGAGGAUUUGAUGAACUGAAAAAUAAAAUAAUGACAUUAAAGACCUAUAAGAAAGAACUUUUGAGUGCUUUGGGUGAAUUCCUGGAUGAACAUUUUCCCUGUCCAGAGACAGGUGAAAAUACUAAGAACAAGAACUCUUCUGCAGAGCCAGCUGUGAAACUGAUAACAAUGCAAGAAAUUUUAGAGAUUCUGAUAAACAAAUUAAUGACCACACCACAUGAACCUUAUGUAACAAUCAAUGAGUCAUUUUGGCCACCUUAUAUUGAGCUGCUGCUGCGAUAUGGAAUAGUCCUGAGACACCCAGAAGAUCCAAAGAGAUUGCGCCUUGAAGCUUUUCACAAGUAGUGUGACAUACACAUGCGCUUGAAAACAAAACAACACCAGUACUCAUACUUCGGGGCUGGAACAUCCUUAGGUUUCAUAAUAAGCUUUCUUAGUAUCAGCCAUCGUUUCUUGUGCUUUGGUUUUAUAUCAAGAUUUGCAUUGUGGAAGAUUUUUUAAAGAUGCUUAAAAAUCUCAAAGAUGCUUUUCUAAGAUGCCAGUUCAUGUAAUAGACAAAGAUGUUAACCAGUCCUUUUUAAAAAUCAUACUUUCUGCAUUGCUUUUAUGGUUUAGAUUUUUUAGAUUGCUUGAAGUCUUCUCAAUUUCCUUUAGUAUUUUCUUGUAUUCUGUAGAGGCAAAAUUCAGAAUAACACCACUCCUCCUGUACAUGUUCUUGCAAACAUUGGGAACUAACAGAGAGGUAUCCUCUCAAGAAUGUGUUAUGCCUUGUUUCUUGGAGCCUUUGCAAACAAAUUUAUUGGCUUCAAGAUAAACACUUAGGAAUGCUGACACAUCUUUCUGUGCAAAGUGCAGCAGAUGGUGAGUCUGCACCUUUCACUGCAUGCUUCCAAAACUGCCCAUACUGUGUUAUGCUAUAUUGCCUUACAGUAUCUGUCUUCACUUUUUCAGACCUUUAUCAAGGUUUUUAAUGGGUCUCUGUUCUGUUGCUCUCAACAGCUUCUAAAUUAUGUCAGUUGAGAGUUACCUUCUGACUCAAUGCUGGCAUUUUUUGUAAUCUUAGUCUUUUCUGUAGCCAUUGUUAUUGUAUUGUAUUGUAUUGUAUUGAGUACAAAAAUUCUACUCUUGCAUAUCUGUAGUGACUAAAGCUUUGGAAAAUAAACUUUGUUAUUAACUAGAUUGCAGUUUUUUAUUGAGGUAGGAACUUUAGUGAUUUUUCAGUUGAUGGAAAAAUAAAGUGUUGUAUACAAU